AUGGAACUCUUCCUUCGAGGUAUCCACUCAAAUGUACAUUUAAAAGGAAGGUAUCAUUGGAAGAGUGCACUCUUUUCUAAAGUGGAGGGGAAGAAGUUCUCUUGUUACCAUCUGCGGAAGAGUGUAGCCAGAGAAGAAGUGCCUUCUUUCGAUGAGGCAGGGCAGGGUGCAGAGCAUCCGCAUUGCGAGUCGCCUUCGAAUGGGAAAGACCCAAAUUGGUACCAUAACGUCGGAGUCAAUGUGGAAGAGAGGGGGAGGACCAACCCCCCCACCACGAAACGGCCAUUCAGGUCACUUCAAAGCGGACCACAACCCAAACAUAACCAAAUCGUCCUCACCGACCAGUUCAUAAACCGAGAGAACCUGAAAAAAGAAAUUUUAGACACCCACAAAAAGCUAACCGCGGAUUCCUUCAUCGAUAAGAGAAAAGAGGAAAUUUAUUUUCUGCUAAAAAGUGCUAUUAUGCCCAACCUGAAGGGGAAAAUUUACUUCAUUGGCUCCUGCGAAAAUCAUAUAUGGAUAAAAAACUCAGACAUCGACUGCUGCAUAGUUGUGGAGAACUGCGAAGACAAGAACAGCUACCUGUACAUUUUGAAGGUCAUUAAAAGGGCCAUAAAUCUGAUUUACCCUUCGCUGACGGUGAAUAUCAUCAAGGCGUCUGUUCCGAUAGCUAAGAUUUACAGGGAACAGAAUAACAUUUGCGACAUCAGCAUAAACAACACCGUUGCGAUUGUGAAUACGAAGCUGGUCUCGUCUCUCUGCAACACGGAUGAGCGCGUCACGAUUAUAAACCGCGUGAUUAAGUACUGGGCCAAGCAGAAGAACAUUAACAACAGAUCCCAAGGCACCUUCAGCUCGUAUGCCCUAUUUCUGCUCACAUAUUACUUUCUACAGAAUCUGGAGACCCCCCUGCUUCCUCCAUACAAGUCCAUAGAACGGGAAAACGCGUCCUCCUUCGAAAUAAACAGCGAGUACUUCUUCCUCCAGGAUGACGUGGAAAUGCCCUUUUACACAGACGCGGGCGACAUCCGGAGCAAACUGGACACUCCCCGCAAAAACGAAGACGACGUGUCGAAGUUGCUGUACGGGAGCUCCUGCAGGAACGGAAUCACCCUGGACAUCUACAACAACCAGAUAAUCGAAAACAAAGAUAUGACGGCAAACAUCUUCUGCCCCAUAACGAAAAAAAUUGUAAAUACGUACAGCAUUAAUACGUGGAUGAAGAUGUUUGAGAAGAUUCUCGCUGUCCAUGAGCGACUCAAAAGGGGGAAAAGCCUGGAUGUCAUUUGCGAAGAAACAAAGAAUACCACACCCAACAGAAAAAUUGAUCUUAAAGAUCACCUGUUAAGGCGAAAAAUAUUUCAGGGCCUGCACGAGUCGUAG